CCCUCUUUCUCUCUCUGACCUGUCCAAAGCCGUCAUUUCAUUUCACACAUUCCGAUUCUCUAGCUUUCUGUUUUUUCUUCUUUAUUCUUUCUCCUUUCCGUUUCAGUUAUCAAUCUUUCAAUAUAGUUAAAAAAAGAAACUCCCAGAACUUCAACAUUCUAACUUCCAACCGUUUCUUCUUCAGUUCCUCAACUUCUUAGGAACUGCGAUCGUAUUGUGAACUUCAUUGACUGUUGAUGAUUGAAAUCGAGUUUGGAGUUUGAAGUUGAGAUGGCGAGUCGGUUAAGGGAGGACGAGAAACAGGAGCACGCGAUUCGAGCUCUUCUUAGGCUCGAACCGAAUCAAAGAUGCAUUAACUGCAACAGUUUGGGACCACAAUAUGUGUGCACAAAUUUCUGGACGUUUGUUUGCACUGCUUGUAGUGGAAUACACCGUGAAUUUACACAUCGUGUGAAAUCAGUUUCAAUGGCUAAAUUUACUUCGCAAGAAGUUACUGCACUUCAAGAAGGAGGAAAUCAGCGUGCAAGAAAGGUUUAUUUUAGAGAAUGGGAUGCACAACAUCAUUCUUUCCCUGACAGUGAUAAUGUUAACAGGCUCCGAGACUUUAUUAAGCAUGUUUAUGUGGAUAGGAGAUUCACCGGAGAUAGUACCUCUGACAAACCACCAAGAGUGAAAAACAGUGGUGACAAAGAUGGGUCAUAUGAAAACAGGAGAGUUGAGGCCUAUCAGGGAGGAUCUAAAAGCCCUCCAUAUGAAGACUCACAUGAACGCCGUUAUAGUGACAGGUCUAGUCCAGGUGGAAGAAGUCCUGGAUAUGAUCAAGAAAGUAGGCAAGUUGGUGAUUAUAAGAGAAGUCCCGGUUGUCCUCCAGUUAUCAAUGAUUGGCGUCGUGAAGAUCGUAGAAUAUCAGAUGGAGGUUACAAGACGGAAAGGCAUUCCCCUGCACAAGCCAGAAAUCUGGGCUCUUCUAGCCCAUCUGUGGGUCCAUCCGUUAGAGAAAUUUUGGGAGAAAAUGUAGUACCUCUUAGGAUAAGUGGACCUCCCAAACCGAACAAUGGAAAAGCUGCCGAUGCCUCAGCAUUGACACAGAAAACUGCAUUCUCUGGUAGCUUGGUAUCCAGUAAUGAAAGCCAAGUAAAUAUUAAGCUUGAGACUACUAAGAGUCUUAUUGAUUUUGAUGCUGAUCCUGAACCUAUUGCUCCCACAAUUCCUCAAGCUCAACAAACUAGUGCGCCUCAACCUGUGUCAGGAAAUUCCAGUGAUGACAAUUGGGCCUCUUUUGAUAUUGCUUCCGAGGCGAAAGCAAAUCAAAGCAACUCAAAUUUAAAUCCACUUGAAUCCAUACUGUCCCAAUUGUCUUAUUCGGCAUCUUUAUCUUCUCAUGCUUCGGGAGUCCAAGGACCUAUUCCAGCAGGGGCUCUUAGUUUUGGCAGUUUAUCAGCUUUCCCAUCCAAUGGUGCUUUGAUGCCAUCUUCCGGACAGGAAGUUGUAUUACCUCAUGAUAGUGUAGGACAGUGGGCUAGUUCGCAGCAUCAGCAACCAAUGUUCUCUGCUGUAAAUAGUCAGCCAUCGCAUGUACCUUCUGUACCCACAGGACAGGGGUAUCCAAAUACACAAAUGCCACAUGCAUACCAUCAUGCUUCGAAGCCGGCCAAUGAGGCUUUUAAUAGUAUUCUUUCUCAACCUUCUGCUGUAGAAGCAAAACCAAGUGGAAGAACAGAACUUUCUGAAGAUCUGUUCAUUAGAAAACUCUCUUCCUUCUCUGCUCCAGUUCAAGAAGGUUGGCAGGCGGGUCUUCCCCAGGGCACGGGCAACUCAAUGCAAUAUAAUAAUAAUGUGGUGCCAAUACCAAGUUUUUCGGAGCCAUCAAGGUCAACAAAUCCAUUUGAUGUCAGCAGCAAACAAACCCCAGAUCAAGACCAAAGUUUUCUUUCCAUUUCAUCAUUGCAUGGUGCGUUGCCCAGUGUAUCGCCAUCACUCCCGAUGCACCCUCCAUACCAGAGCAAUCCAUUGCAUGGAUGGAGUCCACCCCUUCCUAAUGUAGGCACUAUGUACUCUAAUGUAGGCACUAUGUACUCUUCAAGCCUGGGUUUGCAACCACAUGCAUGGAAUCCACCUCUGCCUAAUAUACCAUCUUCAGGCACUAUGCACUUUUCAAGCCUGGGUUUGCAACCACAUGCAUGGAAUCCACCUCUGCCUAAUAUACCAUCUUCAGGCACUAUGCACUCUUCAAGCCUGGGUUUGCAACCACAUGCAUGGAAUCCACCCCUGCCCAAUAUACCAUCUUCAGGCACUUUGCACCCUUCAAGCCUGGGCAAUCCAUCCCAUGCCUGGAAUCCAACCCUAUCGUCACCAUAUGCAUCAUUCCUACCUCCACAAGCACCAAUUCAUGCAUCAGCAUUGGGACUAGGGUCUAACAAUGGGCAGCAAAUGCCACCUAACACACCAAUGCCAAGGCAAGAAGAUGGGAAUUUUGGAGCUGAGCGAGACAUUUUCGGCUUGUCAAAUCCAGAUCAGCAGCUGACUGGUAAGCCGUCAAUCACUCCCACCUCUAACCCCUUCCCUAAAAGAGGGAACCCAUUCGGAUAAUCUAAAGAUUUGUCCAUGGACUUGUAAAUUCAAACAUCAACUCGUUGCUGCACCUUGUACAAAUACAUGUAACUUUCGGUUUCUAUUGUGUGUGGAUCGAAGUUACACAUGCAUAGUGAAGGAUUUGUGAUGGCCGGCUCUGGGUCGAAGUGAAAUAUUUUGGUGUUGUUAAUAGGAGAGAGAGGAAGACAAUUUACUUUCUUUCUUGGAAUAGGCGCUUUAGAGAACUGAAAGAUAAAGAGAGAUUGGUUGAAGGGGGUGCAGAGAAUUCUUUAAUCUUUUUUUCUUUUUAAAUCUGUGGGUGUAAAUAUGCGUUCGUUUGUAAAUUGCAUAAUGGUGUCGGCAUAUAUGUGCUCUUUCUCGGUUUUACAAUAUUGUACAAUUUUGUAAUGUCGCAAUUUUGCCAACGUCUUUUUUGUGUUUGGAAAUUACAUGUUAUCAACUCACAGCCACUGUGGAGAAAGUAGCUCUACGCCACUUUGUUUA